CGUUUGCCAAGGAAGUUAUUGCAUAACCAAGAGAGGAAGAAAUCCGCACUCGUAUUGUGGCACCGACUGGGAAGGCUUCAACGAGACCAAAUGUAUCAAAAAUCUCAAUGAAGAAGAGCAUUGCGUCUGUAAUCAGCCGAUGUGCAAUGCAGUGUUACCACCGGAACUAACCAUGCCGUCCAUCAACAGUACUGUGUCAUCAUCAAAUACCACAGAAUCAGAUACAAGCGGGAAUGCCACAGCUUCUCCAAAGAAGAAGUGCAAAAACAGCAUAAAAUUCUCGCCAAACGCUCAAGCGGUGUUCAUGGGUCAAAAAUUGACUGAGGCGAUUCGUCAAGGUAUUGGUUCGGCCAGCCUAUCUGCACAGGAAUUCUCCGAAGGCGUCGACACUCACAUCUGUGAACCUUCGUAA